CAGUGCAUGACGUCAAAAGCAGCUCCAGACGCCCGAAAGUGCGAGCAACGCUUGAGGAAGGGAACCCGUCAUUUUUGACACGGCGAUCAAAAAGCACUGCACGACACUUUCGCUUCACUGUCGAGCAGCACGUCGCUCUUCUAACCCCGUUUCCCAUUGGAACCAGCAGCAAGAUCACGAUGGAAAGUUGCAUAGCUGGAGAACGACGCAGCUUCGUUGACUCUGUGAAGGAAGAGAGAGAAGAAGAGCGGCUGGUGGUUAAGGAAGAGGUUCCUGAGAUGAGCAUUUCCAGUUUGGACCAGCAGAACCUCACAUGUUGCCAGGUGAAGAAGGAAGAGCAGGAACACGGGAUCAGUCAUUCUGAGAAAAAUGACUUUGAAGAGAAACCUCAGUUGCCAGAAGUUCAUCACAUCAAAAGUGAAGACAGCAGAGAGACAGAAGCUCCAACCAGCAGCUCAGCUGAACAGAUGAAAACAGAACCUGAUGGAGAGAUCAGUGGAGGACCAGAACCCAACAGAGAACCAGAUCCAAGUACUAAUUCACAGCCAAAUAUUGAAGAAAGGCAUUCAGACUCUCCUGAGACUGAAGUCAGUGAUGAGGGUGAAGACGACAAUCUAUCAGGUUCCGGAUCUGAAAAUGAAGACAGUGAUGAAGAUUGCAGGAAACCCAGAACACGUCAGUCAGGUAUAAAGAGCAAAGCGGGACGUAAAGCUGCCAAGAAGGCCUUCAGCUGUCCCGACAAUGAAGACAGUGAUGAGGGUGAAGACGACAGUAUAUCAGGUUCUGGAUCUGAAACUGAAGACAGUGAUGAAGAUUGGAAGGAACCCAACAAUCUAUCAGGUUCUGGAUCUGAAAAUGAAGACAGUGAUGAAGAUUGGAGGGAACCCAGAACAUGUCAGUCAGGUGUAAACAACAAAGUGGAAAGUAAAGCUACCAAGAAGACCUUCAGCUGCCCUGACUGCGGUGAACAGUUUGUGAGGAAGCACAUGUUCCAGAAACAUGUAGCAGGUCAUUCAGGAGAAACAUCUUCCAGCUGUUCACUUGAGAAGAAUCACUCUAAAAGGAAGCGGAAUAGGGAUUCACAGACGAGACUCAAACCAGGAAGGAAAUCCUUUUCCUGUGAUGAUUGUGGUAAAACCUUUCAGAUGAAAGCUACUCUUAAAGCUCAUAUUAAAAGAGUCCAUCGUGGUGAAAAAUUAGUUUGCAAAGACUGUGGUAAGAGCUUUUAUUCUGAGAUUGAAUUAAAAAAUCACCAGAGACACCACACUGGAGAAAAACCCUUUGCCUGUGACAAAUGUGGAAAAAGGUUUAGCCUUAAGUACCACCUUCAAAGUCACAUGGUGUGCCACAGUAAAGAAAAACCAUUUGCCUGUGAUAAAUGUGAUAAAAAGUUUCGCCGGAAAAUGCACCUUAAACUUCACAUGACCAUCCAUAAAGGAGUAAAACCAUUUGCUUGUAGUGACUGUGGCAGGUGCUUCAGACUUAAGACUGAUCUUAAAGGCCACAUGGUAACCCACUUAGAUGUAAAGCCAUUCAUUUGUGGGUAUUGUGGUGUCGGAUUUACUCGUGAAGCAAGCCUGCGCUUGCAUGUUAGACGCCACACUGGGGAGAAUCUGCUGUCGUGUGAUAAAUGUGAUAAAAAGUUUGCUCGAAAGUUUUACCUUCAAAGACAUAUGCAGGUUCAUGCAAAAGAGAAGAAUGUUGUGUCUGGAAAGGGGGACUUUGCUUGUGAAGAAUGUGGAAGACGGUUUGUCCGGAAGCUUCACGUUGAAAGACAUAUGGUUGUCCACACAGGAAAGAAACAAUUUAAAUGCAAUAUUUGUUUGAAGAAGUUUACGAGAGCUGAGGGUCUGAAGAAUCACAAACUGAAAAUUCACAAUAUAUAAAGAUUUCAGUUCAUUUGAAAAGAUGUUUAGUAAAAGUACCACAGCAGCUUACAAUUUGCUUCCGUUUACUAACAAAUGUUAAAAAAAAAAAUAUAUAUAUAUAUAUAUGUAAUAUAUAUAUAUUUAUAGCUUAUAUAGUUACAUAUUGUAGCACUGUUGCCUUGCAGCAAGAAGGUCCUGGGUUCGAUUCCCGGCCCGGGGUCUUUCUGCACGGAGUUUGCGUGUUCUCCCUGUGCAUCUGUGGGUUCUCUCCGGGUACUCCGGCUUCUUCCCACACACCAAAAACAUGACUGUCAGGUAAAUUGGUUUCUCUAAAUUCUCCCUAGGUGUGAGUGUGUGUGUGCAUGGUUGUUUGUCAUGUCUGUCUCUGUGUUUCUCUGCGACAGACUGGCAAACUGUCCAGGGUGAACCCCGCCUCUCACCCAGAAUGUUAGCUGGAGAUUGGCACCAGCACCCCUCCUGACCCCACUAGGGACAAGGGUGUUAGAAAAUGGAUGGAUGGAUUUAGAAAAUGGAUGGAUGGAUGGAUGGAUGGAUGGAUGGAUGGA